GAGCUCUCCGUGUCGUACGAAGCCUCAUUCACCCCCCCGUUUGGACUCGACGGCGCAAACAGUCCCGCCGACCGAGGACGAGCCACAUUCUCGCAUAUAACGUUGCUGGCUGGAUACAGGUUCCCCGUUGAGCGCAGCAGACGAUUAUAACGCGCAGCCCGCCGUUGUCAACAAACAUGGCCAAGUCAAAGGCUGCGGCCGCCGCCCCUGCGCAGCACGGCUACGAAUUCUUCGGCCCUCCGGGCGCCUUUGGCAUCUCGUUCGGUCUGCCCAUUCUCGUCUACGUCUUCACCUUUGCGUGCAAUGACCUUUCAGGCUGCCCCGCGCCGUCCCUCCUGAGUCCCAAGACGCUAUCGCUCGACCGUCUCAAAGUCGAGGUUGGGUGGCCGAAGGAGGGCAUCUUUGGCCUCGCCAGUUGGGAGGCCACCGCUGCUGUCCUGGCGUACUACCUUGCCAACCUGAUUCUGUAUCGCGUGCUGCCCGCAGCCGAGGUGGACGGCACAGUCCUCGCGUCGGGAGGCCGUCUCAAAUAUCGUUUCAACACUCUGUACUCGAACACAUUUACUCUAGCUGCUCUAGCCGCUGGCACUUUCGCCAAAGGGGCCGAAUUCCCCGUGUGGACUUUUAUCGACCAACAUUAUGUUCAAAUAUUGACGGCCAACAUCGGCAUUUCCUAUGCCAUUUCCACAUUUGUGUACGUUCGCAGCUUCAGUGUCAAAGCCGGGAACAAGCAAAAUCGGGAGCUUGCGGCCGGUGGGCACUCGGGCAACCUCUUGUACGACUGGUUCAUUGGGCGCGAGCUCAACCCCCGCGUCACCAUCCCCUUGAUUGGCGAAGUAGACAUCAAGGAGUGGUGCGAGCUACGUCCAGGCAUGAUGGGCUGGAUCAUCCUCAAUUGCGCGUGGUGUGCGCGUCAGUACCGCAAUUUCGGGUCCGUCACGGACAGCAUCGUGUGCAUCACCGUGGUGCAGGCCCUAUAUAUCUUCGACUCCUGGUGGAACGAGCCUGCUAUUCUGACGACCAUGGACAUUACCACGGAUGGAUUCGGCAUGAUGCUGGCCUUUGGUGACCUGGUCUGGGUGCCAUUUGUCUACUCGAUGCAGACGCGGUAUCUCUCUGUCCAUCCACGCUCGCUUGGGCCGCUGGGCUUGGUGGCGACGUUGUCGCUGAUCGGCCUCGGCUUCUACAUCUUCCGCUCAGCCAACAGCCAGAAGAACACGUUCCGGACGAACCCCAACGAUCCGGCGGUGGCGCAUCUCAAGUACAUCCAGACUAAGACAGGAAGCAAGCUGCUGACUACGGGGUGGUGGGGUGUCGCGCGUCACAUCAACUACUUGGGCGACUGGAUCCAGUCAUGGCCGUACAGCCUGCCCACGGGUCUCGCGGGAUACCAGAUCCUCACGGCAGGCACCGGGGCCGAGGGCGCGUACGUGAUGCGGGACGGCCGCGAGGUGACGCCGGGCUCGGCCAAGGGCUGGGGCAUGCUCUUCACGUACUUUUACAUUGUCUACUUUGCCGUGCUGCUCAUCCACCGCGACCGGCGCGACGACGAAAAGUGCCACCGCAAGUACGGCGCUGACUGGGAGAAGUACAAGAAGGAAGUGCGGUGGCGCAUCGUGCCAGGCAUCUAUUAGUCGAGUACGGCCGAGCCGGAGACGGCGGCAGUCGCCACGAGCCGGCGCCUGGUGCGGUGCUGACCUCGUGGAGCCGGUGCUGGCCAGGUUGAUGAGGUUCUUGGUUCUGGACCUGGCGGUUGUGAGGGGCAUUGGGUAUUGUGUAUCAAACCCGUGUAAUACGUAGGCGACAUGCUGUUCGCGCGAUGCGGAGUAGAGCGAUUAGUAGGUAUAAUGGCCGCAGUUGGGCCGUUACUUGUGUUUUUCACUCAGCCCUGCCAGCAGGCAUUCCAUCACGUCAUGCUCGUUUUGAUGGCUGGCCGUCGACGGGUUCUCACACACCGGCGUAGAAGCCGGACGGGAACGUGAUGGAGGCAGACGGCGCAUAACGGAGACGGGUGGCCAGAGGAGAAAUUAUGCCGAGUACCAGGCCGAAGAGUCGGCUCGACGGGACGAGACCCCGGACGGAGGAAGCGCGGGGACAGCCGAGUGAGCCACAGGGGGCGGCGAUGCCAUGCGACGCAGUAGAUACUUGGCGUGACGAGGUGAUUUUCCAGGCAUGCAUGAAGAAGACGCAUGUCAUUCAUCGGCAGCGGGACAGACAAGGACUGAGCGACACUCCCCGACGAUGUCGAUAAACGGCCCGAAAAGAGGGCACGCUAAAUAGGGGCAGAGAACCCGGUUGAUGAAGGGGGUCACAAGAGCGCCUCCCCCGGCUGCUGAUUCUGGGGGUGACGUGGGGGGCUUUGCGGAGGCUU